AUGUAUGCCUACGCGAUCAGUGGGAAGAAGCCAGGCAGGAAUUGGCAUUAUUGCUAUGGUGCUCGCAAUCCGGUCCUCAAGCUCAAGAAACCUCAAAGUCUGGACCCGAAGAGAGCGAUGAAUUUCAACAAGCACACGGUUCAAGAUUAUUUUGAGAAACAAAGGCAAAUUAAUGAGACAUUUAAUGGCAUACCCCCAGAGCACAAGUGGAACAUGGAUGAGAAGGGAAUUCAGAUGGGAGGUGGUCGGAAGAAUAGUGGGAGUAAAUUUUACUUUGACAGGACAAAAAAGGAUGUCUAUCGAGUUUCAAGUGACAACCUUGAGCUCAUCACCGUGAUUGAGUGUAUUUUGGCUGCUGGCAUUUGUAUGAAGCCCUCUUUUAUUUUGAAAGAUGGGCCAUUUCCUGAUGUACGAGGCCUUGAAAGCAUUGGGAGCAUUUCACGCACACCAAAUGGCUGGACGGACCAUGACAUAUGUGAGAGAUGGUUCAGUGAUGUGUUUAUUCCUGAAGCCAGCUCUCGCCGCGUCAACAACAAACCUAUCGUACUGACCCUUGAUGGUCAUAGCUCGCAUGAACAACCUGCUAUCCAAAAAAUUGCCUACAACAACAAUAUUAUCAUUUUCUGUUUUCCCUCAAAAACCACGCAUAAAUUGCAGCCUCUUGACGUCAUUGUCUUCUCGCCAGUUCAAAGGAAGUGG